AUGGAGGGAGCGAACGGCUGGCAUGAUCUGGAUAACACGGAGUAUGACUGUUGGCCCAUCGACAAUCCAAAUGAUUACAACAUGAUCAGCUGUGGAGGUCUGGUGAUGGCUUGGGUGCAGCGUCCUCCUGAGAAAGUCACCAAUGGGGAGGAGUUCAAUGUCAGUUACACCGUGACGGCCUCGGAUUCCUUCUAUGAGUACGCAGUCAGAAACCGGAUCUUCCACUUCAGCGAUGCUUCGGAGGCCAAAAGCUUCUGUCAUGAGCACGAGUGUCCAGCAAACUGGAACAAUGCCAACGAGAUGAACUGCUGUGUUUACCAUGCUAACAUCCACUCCUGCCCCCUCGCCCUCAUGAGACAAGGGGGAAUAUGUGGCCCCUGGAUCCCUGAUGACGGCAAGAUAGUGACCCACACCGUGUCCAAAGCCGGCAAAAUGACUCAGAAAUACUGGAUUUCAAAGGUGGUGUUGAUCCAUGUGGGAGUUACCUCCGUCAUCGCCCACAUUAAAAUCGGGCAGAUGCACGCGGCUCUCGAGUCCAAGGUGGUGGUGGUCAGUGCACAAGUGUGUGGGGACGACGUCUGUGAGCUGGAGGAAAACUGCCUCAACUGCCCCGCCGACUGUGGCAUCUGCCCCAUGUCCAUUACUAUCAGGGUCGCCAUAGGCCUGCCAGUUACGCUCCUCUGCAGUGGCUUCAUCUUAACCCUGGUGUGGCUCCAAUACCAGAAACAGAAGAUGUUUUGGGAUGAGAGCUGGAUCAUCAACUACAAGAACAUUAUGUUUGGGAAGGUGUGUUAUUUGGGGUUCUGCAGCAUCACCAGCCUACAGCCUGUCAAGAGUCACUCCAGCAUCAGCCGCACCUCGGAUGUGCCGGUGUGCACAGUGGUCAACGCCUCGUUUCAACAAAGCUUCAUUCAGCCGGGCAUCUACGAUGGGAGGACAGUAGCGGUGAAACAUAUUCAGAAGAAACAUUUCACUUUGUCUAAAACCAUCAGAAAGGAGGUGAAAGAGGUCAGGGAACUGGACCACCCCAAUUUAGUCAAGUUCAUCGGUGGCUCCAUUGAAGUGCCCUACAUCUCCAUCAUCACCGAGUACUGCCCCAAAGGAAGCCUGUCAGACGUGCUGCUUAAUGAGGACAUUCCCAUCAACUGGGGGUUUAGGUUGUCCUUUGCCACAGACGUGGCCCGCGGGAUGGCAUACCUCCACCAGCACAAGAUGUUCCAUGGGAGACUUCUCUCCAAGAACUGUGUGAUUGAUGACCGCUGGGUCUGCAAAAUCUCAGACUAUGGACUCACCACCUACAGAAAGGAGGACUUUGAGGUAAUGAGCAAUGGCUUCCCUUGUGGAGAUAUAUACCGGAUCUACUGUGCUCCAGAGGUCCUACUAGGAAGCAGCUCCAACCUGACACCAGCAGUAGACAUCUACAGCUACUCCAUGAUCCUGGUGGAGAUUGCAACCCGCUCCGAUCUUGUUUCGCUCAUUAAGAAGUGCUGGUCUCACAAUGUCACCGCCAGACCCACGUUUGAACAGGUGAAGAAGAUGCUGGACAAGAUGAACCCGCACAAAGUCAGCCCGGUUGACAUGAUGAUGAACCUGAUGGAGAAGUACAGCAAACAUCUGGAGACCAUUGUAGCCGAGAGAACUCAGGACCUCCUUCAAGAGAAACAGAAGACCGACCGACUGUUAUACAGGAUGUUACCAAAGCCGGUGGCUGACGAUCUCCGCCAAGGCCGCACGGCUGAGGCUCAGAGUUACUCCAAUGCCACAGUCUACUUCAGUGAUAUUGUAGGCUUUACUCAGCUCUCUGGGGCGAGCACGCCUCACCAAGUGGUGGACUUUCUCAACCAGCUCUACACCACCUUCGACGAUAUCAUUGACAACUACGACGUCUACAAAGUGGAGACCAUUGGGGAUGCCUACAUGGUGGUCUCUGGGGUUCCCAAUGAGAACGGCAUCAGUCACGCAGGAGAGAUUGCCAGCAUGGCCUUGGAUCUGGUCAGCGUGUGUCACACAUUUAAGAUCCCCCACAAACCCAGCACACAACUGAGGAUACGUGCCGGUAUUCACUCAGGACCUGUUGUGGCUGGUGUCGUCGGCACCAAGAUGCCUCGAUACUGCCUGUUUGGGGACACAGUGAACACUGCAUCACGGAUGGAGUCAACAAGCGAAGCUCUGAAAAUCCAGGUGAGCGGAGCCACAGCGGAUCUGCUGAAAACUCUGGGCGGGUAUACCCUCACCUGCAGAGGGUCGCUCCAUGUAAAGCAUUUUGUCAUUUAUUUCGAUGCAUUUGACAAAGAUGUAUUUGUGUUUUGUAACAUGUCAGAUUAUGAAGUGUCUCUGGGACACGCUUACGACAUCCUCGGACGUGGUCACGUUGUUGCCAUGGAAAUGUCUUCAUGUUUGGCGUGA